AUGGGGGACACUUCAAUGGAGAAAGAACAACUACAAAAGUUCUUCAAUCUAGAUUCCACUGGACUACCUUAUUCAAGGAUGCCCACAAUCAUGCCAAAAGUUAUGAUAAGUGUGGAAGCAUUUGCUUGUCCUUAUAAUGAUGCCAAUACAGUAAUCAAGUUUCUAAAAAGACAAAUUUUCUCCCGGUAUGGAGUACAUAGAGUACUCAUCAAUGAUGGAGGAUCCCAUUUCUGCAAUGCUCAGCUUGCAAAGGUUCUGAAGCAUUAUGAAGUGAAGCAUAAGGUGGCCUCCCCUUACCAACCACAAACCAAUGGGCAAGCUGAAGUGUCUAACCGAGAUAUAAAAAGGAUUCUUGAGAAGACGGUUGCUUCUUUAAGAAAGGAUUGGUCUCAAAAACUAGAUGAUGCCCUUUGGGUAUACAAGACUGCAAUGAAGACUCUAGUAGCAAUGUCUGUUUUCCAGCUAGCCUAUGGGAAGAGAAAGAGGCAACUGCUUAAGCUUGAAGAUAUGUGCUUGCAUGCCUAUGACGCUUCCAAGAGUUACAAGGAGAAAUUCAAAUUCUACCAUGAUAGGAAGUUGGUGAAGAAGAUCUUACAUCUAGGCCAACAGGUGUUAAUGUUCAACUCUCGCCUCAAGCUCUUCCCUGGGAAUUUGAAGUAUAAAUGGUCUGGGUCGUUCACAAUUAAGGAUGUCAAACAACAUGGAGCAAUUGGGUUGAUGGAUUCGUCCUCAGAUGACCCACAAAGAAGUUGGAUGGUUAAUGGGCAACGACUCAAGCAUUACUUCGGUGGUGAGGUUGAGCGCCUCACCACAAUCAUUCAAUUGGUUGACCCUUAA